AUGAGUGGACGAGGCAGAGGAGGUGGCGGGAGAGGUGGAAUCUCGAAAACUAUGAAUAGAGAACAGCUUAUCGCUUUAGGUGUAGGAAAUAAGGAACUUAUUCCUGGCCCAGUUUUACAGCCUCCCAUGCUAUUUCCCCUAUUAGAGCGAAGGCCUGUUCCCUUAAAUCAAACCUUAGAAAUGGAUUACCUUCUAAUAUUAAGACAAGACUUCAUUGAUCACAUGCAAUUGUCUGGAUCGUACCUAAAAUUACCUGGAAACAAAACUAAGCCCGAGCAGGAAAUAGACAAGCUUGUAGCUCAAAUACCGAGUACAAAGGAAAAAUACGAUUGGAGAUUAUUCCCUAGCGAAUUAAGGCCUAAAGUGUCAAUCAAAAGGUCCAUCAAGAAAGGAACUACAAAAGAAGUUGACGUAGAACAAAGGUUAAAGGUAUUAGAAACACUAGAGAAAAAGAUUGAAGCUUCCGAGACGACAGGAGCCCGUGAGGCUGGUAAGUCUGGUGAAGAUGAUGAAGAAGAUGCAGAUAUUCCUGAAGUCAUGGAGGAAGACGAAGAGGAUGAGGAAAUGGAUGAUGGUACAGACUAUGCUAACAAUUACUUCGAUAAUGGGGAAGAUUAUGAUGAUGAAGACGAUAAUUUAGAAGAUGGACCUAUUUACUAA